AUGUCUUGGGUCAAGUGGUUAUUUGUUCCAUUCGUUUUAGGUCAAUGCCCUGCUGGUUGGGUGAAGAACGGGGACGAGAAUCGAUGUUAUGCUAUCUUUCGUUUCCGAGAUGUUCGUGUGGGUGCGGCGGCUUCGAAUGAGGAUGCGGAUCCGGAGCGUGGUACGUGGAGUGAGGCUGAGGAUCUGUGCAUGCAGAUGAGUACGUCGUUGGUAACGUUCCAUGACGCCCAAGAUGAGCCAUUAGUUCGAUCGAAAUUAAACUUUCUCACGAACGACAGUGGACGCCUUGGUCCAUGUUGGAUCGGGUUGAGAAAGCUACCCCAGUCUGAGUGGUUCUGGAUGGAUGACCGAGAAUACGAAAUGGAGAACCUGAGGCAGAAAAAACGUGCUUCGGUCGUGGACAAGUGCGGCGCGAUCGGCCCCAGUGGCCUCCAAGAUCGCGUCUGCAACAACUCAAAAUUAAAGUGCUUCAUCUGCAGUACUCACUGGAGCCUGGCAGACCCCUCCUUCGCCGUCGCCAUGGCCCGGCACGACUGGCGCAGUCUCGGCCUCGACCCGGCACCCAACGACCCUGUGUUCAAGAAACCAAAUAACGCGGCGACCUGGAGAGACAAACCCACCGAAGAGCCUCCAGGCCACGCCCCAUCUGCGGGAUACGCCCCAUCUGCGGGACAUGCCCCAUCUCCGGGACAUGCCCCAUCUGCGGGACAUGCCCCAUCUGCGGGACAUACCCCAUCUGCGGGACAUGCCCCAUCUGCGGGACAUGCCCCAUCUGCGGGACAUGCAUCCCUCCCCCCGGGCCACGAUUCCAGCCAAGCGUUCCCCAUUGUGGCCGGCAUGCCUGGCGUAAGUGUAGCGCCUGGUCAGGGAGCAGGAGACCCGGCUGAGGGCGGUAGUUACUACGCCGCCGCAGGUCUUAACGCCGGCGUCUCAGCUGGCGUCGCGGCGGGUGCGGGUAAAGGCGAAGGCCCGGCGUCUACACUUGUCCCUCCGGCAGCCAAGGUGCACACCAAAGUCUACACUGAAAAACGAAUCGCGGGACGCCAUCCUGAAGGCGAUUCUCUCACGGCCCUGGUGGCACCGGCCCUGGUGGAGGCUGCGGCCCGACCACCAGGUACCGCACCUCUCCCCGGUAACGACACUGCCGCCAUGGCCCUCGCGCAUCACGCGCCCGAUCGUCUUCAGAACUUUGCACACGCGCGCGGCCGCGACCUCUGGGAAGAAGACGCCGAUGUCGCACUCGGCCGGGGACUCAUGCGCAGGGUCGACGACGAACUCGUCCAAGUCUACAAGCAGAACGCCGAUAACUACCUCCUCGGCGAACAACUCCAACCCGCACCUACAGAAACGGCAGUAGCGGCUGACUUAGAAGACAUUGGCCUCGAUGCAGACUGGCAGGAGAUAGGGGGACAGAGCUUUGCUGGGGGCAGCGAAUCUGCGUGGUCUUCAUUGGUCAAUGUUGACCCCGCGGACUUCGCGGAAACCCGCGAUUUCGAAGUGGACAACGAACUGAGCGGUCAGUCGCUGGCACUGGCAGGUGAUUGGCAGGCAGGAGAUUGGGUGGAGCGACAAGCACUGGAGGGCGAGGGGUUGGAUGAGGAGAGGGCGGAGAGUUCGUCUUGGAUCGAGGAUACCUUCGGGCCCUGGCUGCCCUCCGUCAUUGAGAAGGCGAUUGGUCUAAACCCCGGUUCUGAAGGCACGAAGCCGGGCGACAAGCCGCCGUCAAGCAAGCCUGGUAACUCCCCUCGGGAGGCGCCUUCGCCAGUGCCCCCAGAACAAACAGCUGUCGGGAGUGUCGCCCUGGAGGAGGCUCUGCCUUCCCUGGCCGAAAAGGCCGUUGGUCUGAACCCCGGUUCUGAAGGCACGAAGCCGGGCGACAAGCCACCCCUAAGCCAGGUGCCUUCAAGCAAGCCGAACGAGCCCAGUAGCCCUACUCCGGCGGCGCCUUCGCCAGUGCCUCAGGGACAGACGGCCGCCGUCGCUAGUGCCGAUCUCCAGGACUUGCCGUCUAUCGAAGAAGGCGACCAGGUCGUGAGCGGCAUGGGGCCCGGUUUGGACUUGCUCGAUCGCGUGGCGGAAGAAAUCCUGCUGCCCAUUGCCGAGGUCAUUGCGGGUCCGGUCUCGACCACAACGACCACGCCCGCGCCUCCGGCAGCCGCUUACUUACCGGUCGGGGCCGCUAACUUACCGCUGGACUUGGUCGAGGAGGUCGCCGAAGACGUGCUAUUGCCGGUUGUGGAGGAGAUGGGGGAAUCGGCGUUGGACCGGUACCUCAAGAACGGCUCAACGACCACGACUGCUGCCCCCGCUGCGGCGGCGGCUAACUUACUGACCGCAGACGCUAACUUACCGGCCGGGGCCGCUAACUUACCGCUGGACUUGGUCGAGGAGAUCGCCGAAGACGUGCUAUUGCCGAUUGUGGAGGAGAUCGGGGAAUCGGCGUUGGACCGGUACCUCAAGAGCGACUCAACGACCACGACUGCCGCGCCCGCUGCAGCCGCGCUAGGAGUAGGCGACUUGCUGAAGGGAAUUGAGAAGGGCGUGGAGCGGUCAAUAAGGACCGUGCGGCAGCCGAUGACGAUCCCGCGCGGAAGUUCGGACGAUGAGGUAACGACCACAACCACCGCGCCACCGGAGGCCGCAGCUGCCGAUGCAGAGGACCCGUCGUCUUUGCCAGGGGGGCGAGUGGAUGACUUGGGGAGAGUGGAGGCCAACGGGAGAGUGGAGGCCAACGGGAGAGUGGAGGCCAACGGGAGAGUUGAGGCCAACGGGAAAGCGGGCGAAUCCCAUUCCGGGGGUUUCCUGGAAGAUCCGCGAGCGAUGACUUUGGCGUACGGAGGUCUCUUUGCGUUGAGUGUUUUGGGUGCCGGUCUUUGGACCACAUACGUGCGUCGCUACCAAGAGGCAGUGGCGGCCGACAUUAGGGAGAGCGACUUAGUGGUUCGUGAUUAG